UUCUCUGUCUCUUCCACAACUCAGUCCAAAACCCUUGAUUUGAAGCUGUAGCUCUAGCUCUCACUGUCACUUUCACUCUCAUUCUCAAACAAACUCACUCUCGCUCGUUCGAUUGUAGUCCCUCUCACAGAUCUCUCUCUCACACACCACUCUUCUCUCUCGCAAUCGAACUCUCUAGCUGUUCUUCAUGGAUCUCUGUCGCUCGAGUGCUUUGCACUAGCUGUUCUUCAUCAAAUCACAGAUCCAAAAUCGAUCUGUUCUUGAACCAGAUCGAUCUCUCUUGCUCUUAUCUCAGAUCAGAUCAGAUCAGAUCAUUAUCAUUCUUGAACCAGAUCGAUCUCUCUUGCUCUUUAUCUCAUCAAUUAAUUCUUGGAUUUCGUUUGCUAAUAAAUUCGUUAACUUUGAAGCCAUGGGAGAUGCUCCCCUGGAUCCUCUAGCAACUGUGAAGAUCUGGCUGGGAUAUAGUGGGGAAUUGCUGAAGUCUUCCAAAGUUAAUCUUACUCUGUUUUCUCUGUUGAAGGAGGUUGCAACUGUUGAUUCGGUCCCAGUCUCUGUGGUUUCUCUUAUUGUGCCCAUACAGUCCCCAACGGAAAUGCAUUUAGCUGUUGGCAAAGGAUCCGGGUCUUUUGAUGUGUUGAUUUGUGACAUAUCUACCACUACCAGCAAAUCUGAUAAAAUUGGCCCAUAUGGUGCACAUGAUCAUAUUCGGGCUCCACUCCGUACACCAAUUUGUAGCAGAAGAGCAAUGUAGCUAUUGUUCAGCAUCUGUUCCAUUUGAAUCUACAGUAGAUGCUUUCUGCCGAGGUGUGAAUUGCAGCGAUGGAGUUAGUCUGAGCCACAAACUGUUCCGGUGUGCUGCUUCCAUGCAGGUCUGCCCUACUACUACUACAACUACUUCAUGGUUUUGCUUGUGUUGUCAGAGACGGACUUCAAAUAUGGCACCCCAGGCUCUGUUCAUCUUCAAGGCUAGAACUACUUUCAAAACCAUUAUGCCCUUUUUGUGGGAUAUUGCUACAAAGAUUACAACCAGAAUUUCUCUAUGAUAUAUGAGUGUCAAGGUUAAGGGACCUUAGACAUCACAAAAUAAUAUUGUGGACAUUAUCCAUUACUAAAAAUGAGAUAAGGACCUUAGACUAAUUUCUCUCUAAAUUCUAAUAUAAUAAUAUAUUUUUUAUGUCA